AACAGUCAUUUAUUUAGCUCCGACAGGUCCACAGAUAUGUGAUGCACUGUACGUAUUAGAAAUGUGUGUUUGAAGGCAUGGUGUUUUUUAUUUCUUCUUUCUGAUGCGUCAGAGUGUAGAGGCUGGAUAGGUGGUAAUAUCUCGCUGUUCCAUGUUCUUACCAGGUUGAUCUUUUGCAGCAAGAGCCUGUCCUGAUGUGUUCAACAGCCAACUACGUUCUCCCUCUGAGGAGAACCUGUGAGGUAUUAGCCAGUCCAGGCAGGCUGUGUGGGGGAGUGUCCAUGUCAACUAAUUUCCCUGGAGCCAGGUCUCAUGGAGCUCCUCAGGACAACGAGAUGGAUGCAGCAUGGCAGGAGCUGAUGGCCAUCACAGAGCUGCAGGAGUUUGAAGCCCCCAGUGCAGGCUCCUAUGAAACAACACAGUACCAACCCAUGGAGUCCAUGGUCCCUAUGGGAGGAUACGGUAUGGCUCAGUCCCAUUCUGAGCCUCCUCCUCCUGCUUGUGAGCUCAGCACUGCCAAUACUUACGACGGAUGUUACUCUGAAGAGGUGCCUGGCUGUCAUCGUCCAAGCAGCAACACUGAGGCGAUUUACGGACAAUCUCAGCUCAAUCAGAGAAUGCUCCCCAUCUCUCCUCACGCACAUCCCUCACACAUGGCUAGCACCAGUCAAGUGCACAGGAGAGCCAACGCUUGCCUCUCUCAGGAUCUCCGUCAGCACAUGCUGUGGACUACACAUGGACAGAGUUCACACGCUCGCUCAGGUGAUGAUCUAGAGUCAGACUCUGGUCUGUCUCUGGGUUCUAGUCCACCUUUGGCCUCCCCUGAUAACCCUGUUGGCGGUGCACCAGGUUACCAGAGUGCAGACAUGGGCAUGACAUAUAGCGACGGUGAACCAGACAGCAUGGCCGAGCACGCCAGAAGAGCACACAUCCAUUACUCAAUGGACUAUCAGAAUCACUUGUAUUUACACUCAGGGGCACAUCCGUCUUAUUUUUCACCCCAGCCUACUUCAUCUCACACACAACCCAAUGCUCUGACUCCUCGGUCAGCGAAACAGCAGGGUCACACCUCUGCUCUCAGUAACCUGUACAUUGACACCGGAGUGUCCAGCAGAGGGAGCUCACAACAUAACAUGUAUAUAAAUCCACAAGGAAGCAUCUCCACUCAGGCUUCACUGAGCAGAGACGAGCGGCGGGCCGUGUCUUUGAAGAUCCCCUUCCCCAUGGAGAAGAUUAUCAAUCUACCUGUGGACGACUUCAAUGAGCUCCUGACGAAGUACACUCUGACAGAUACUCAACUUGCACUGGUCAGGGACAUUAGACGGAGAGGGAAGAACAAGGUGGCGGCUCAGAACUGCAGGAAAAGGAAGCUGGAGGGCAUAAGUCACCUCGAGAGAGAACUGAACCAGCUACAGGCCCAAAGAGAGCACCUGGCACAGGAGAGUCUCGAGUUCCAGCGCAGCUUGGCAUUUAUUAAAUGUCGCUUUACAGACCUUUAUUCACAAGUAUUUUCUCACUUAAGAGACGAAGAUGGACAGCCAUACUCAAUAGAUGAAUACGCCCUGCAACAGACACCGGAUGGGAAAGUUUAUUUGGUACCUCACACAACUAUGCAAAAGAGAGAGCAAUGCUGAAUUGGAGCUCGUCUAUUUAAUACUCCUACAGAUGGUAUACUGCCUGAUUGUGCCAACUGAAAGUAUAACUUGCUGGAAGCUACACAUUUAUUUCAUAUGACGACGACUUAAUUAGGGAUGCACUGAUAUUAGAUUGAUAUUGGUGACGAUGGGGCCAAUCUAGUAGAUGUUUAUAUACAUUACAGACUGGAAUUCCUUUUUAAAUUUUGACUAAUUUGUUGCAGCACCUAAAAAGGUUUUCUCUUGAAUUGUAAUUCCUGUUAAUUUUGAAGAUUUUUUACGAAGUUGCUGGUACACAAUUUAUUAUUUUAAUAAAUAAAAGUACAUUUAUAUCCAUGUUUUUAUUUGUUGCAUUCAGUUUUCCAAAGUUAGAAAAGCAAUGUUUGUCAAACCUGAAUGAUCCCAGUCACUUCCACACAGUGAGGCAUACAGCACCACUGGUAUCGGAUCGGUAACAGCCGAUCCGAAAGGUAUCGCUAUAGAUAUCGGGACUGAAAAAGUCAGAUUGUUGCGUCCCUAGACUUAACCCCUAUGUAAAACUUGCCAUACAGGUUUUGUUUUCCAUGCUCUUACAAUUGAGUGAAACCACACCAGAGUGCCUUAUAAAAAUACUUUAUUUAAAAAAGACACUGCACAGCAGCCUUGGUUAAAAAAGUAAAAAGUCUUCACCACCAGCAUGAUUGUUCAGGAAACCUGUGAAAAACAGAAUAAAGUUUAAUAAAAUGAAACUUUGGGGGGGUGGGGAAGGGGAGAAGGGGAUGUUUGAUGAUUUGUACCUGAUUGAGCCAUUGUCACUGAAAUGAAACCGGGUUUUGCAGACCACGUAGGGAGAUUCCUAGAAAGCAGAAAAGCCAAAUAAGUAAAAUGCAAUCUUUA